AUGCCAGGCCUGAUCAACAAAGGGAAACAGACUGCUUUGCCGCUCAGUGUCUCUGAGAUUGCUUCCUGUGUCAGAGGUUACACCCUUGCCAUGACGGCAUCCAUGACCUACAACAACAUUGAGGAUCACCCCAUUGAAGGAAUCUUCAUUUACCCCUUGGAGGAAUGCUCCACAGUGGUUGGCUUCGAGGCUAUGAUCUCUAGCCAGAUUAUCACAGUGCAGAUCAAAGACAAGGCCAAAAUCGAUGAAUGCUACUUUGACUGCUGUACGGUACCUAAUGGAACUUUCCAGAGAGGAAGUGGGCACAUUGUGCUUGAUGAGGACCUGGAGCGGACUGUUCUGGUGGUCAACCUUGGGGUGAUCCCUCCGCUGGAGACGGUCAACGUGCUGGUCAGCACAUCCUCCGAGCUGGCCACCCUUCCCAAUGGGGGCGUUCGGGUCACCACCCCACCAGUGUGUACCCCAAAAGUCCAGCGCUCCAUCAACGAAGACCAGGGCUUCUCUCCUUACCUGGCCAGAGUGAAGGACAGGCACCACUGUGCCCUGGGAUCACAUGAUCAGAACUCCACCAAUAGCCAGGUCUGUCUUGCAUGGCUGCUUGAGGAGGAGCCAAUCAAUUCCAUUGACUAUGAGUUCAGCUUCCAGCUGGAGAUCAGGGGCCCCUGCCUUCUUGCAGGUGUUGAGAGCCCCACCCACGCUAUUCGGGCUGACGCAGACCCCUCUGCCCGUUCAGCCUCCAGUGUCGUCGUCACCCUGGCUGACAAGUACACCUACGACUGCCCUAUCGAGAUCGUCAUCUAUCCAAGCGAGCCCCAUAUGCCACAUGUCCUCAUAGAGGAAGCAGACAUGACACCUGAGGAGUACAGCGAGCAUCUGAAGGGAAGGAGUGACUUCAUAAAGAGCACCAAGAAGGACUCCAGCAAUGAAAAGAAGGUGGAGAUCAUCCGCAAGCGUCUUCACAAAGACCUCCUCCACAGCCCCGUGGUCAUGCUCAACUUCUGCCCGGACCUCAAGUCUGUGACCUCUGACCUGCGGAAGGUACAGGGGGAGUUCAUCUUCCUCAUUGACCGCAGUGGGAGCAUGAGUGGCGUCAACAUCAGCCGUGUUAAGGACGCCAUGGUGGUGAUUCUGAAGAGCCUUGUCCCAGCAUGCCUGUUCAACAUCGUAGGGUUCGGCUCAACCUUCAGGGCUCUGUUUCCCACGAGCCAGAACUACGGAGAGGAGACGCUUGCCGCAGCGUGCGAACACAUCAAGAAGAUCCGGGCCGACAUGGGCGGCACCAACAUCCUGGCGCCGCUCACCUGGAUCCUGCGGCAGCCUCUGUACCGCGGCCACCCGCGCCUGCUCUUCCUGCUCACCGACGGGGCCGUCAGCAACACGGGGAAGGUCAUCGAGCUGGUGCGCAGCCAUGCCCGCUUCGCCAGGUGUUACACGUUUGGGAUUGGUCAGAACGCCUGCAGGAGGCUGGUGAUUGGUGUCUCCACGGUUUCCAAAGGCACUGCUGAGUUCUUGGCAGAGGGUGAGAGACUGCAGCCCAAGAUGAUCAAGUCCCUGAAGAAGUCCAUGUCACCGGUGCUGAGCGAUAUCUCCAUCGAGUGGCUGUUUCCUGAAACAAAAGAGGUGUUGCUUUCCCCCAUGGGUACAACCUACUUGUUUCCUGGAGACCGCCUGAUUGGCUACUGCGUGGUCUGUGACACAACGCAGUACCACUCAAAUCCCAAGUCUGACAAAAGGAGGCGGUACAGCAUGAUGCGCUCGAACGAGUCGACCAGCUCGGUGUUUUUCCACUCCCAAGAGGAGGACCCAGGGAAACUUGGCAGCGAAGUCAGAGGAGCGCUGAGGGAGGGGGUGGCUGGAUCGCUGUACGACGGCUACCAGGAGAACAUGCCAGAAAGCCCUCCUGUCACAGCCGAGCAGGACAUGAUGGGAAUGGACAGCAAAACGUCCCCAAGACGACGAGCGUACAGCACCAAUCAGAUCGUAGACUACAACCCCAUGAAGAAGGUCUACACCCCCAGCGACCCCAGCUCAGCGGUGGGGAAGAACCCUCUUAGAAGGGCCAAGGUCCAGGAGCUGAUUGGUCAGGCCAGCCCUGACCAUGGAGCCCAGUGGAUGAAUGACUACCAGCCGCAGCUGGCUAGCCUGUGCGCUGCGUCGAGCCGGGGGCGGGCCGCCAGCAGCAGCGUGGGCGUGGCCCAGAGGCCCCUCCCCCAGGAGGCAGAGCAGGAGGCGGACCUCCUGCAGCCGAGCGCCCGCCCACAGGCCCCGGGGCAUGGGGUGUCGCCCGCCGAGGAGAUCUCCAGGUCCUCCACCGACAGCCUGUCCAUCAGCAGCUGCGGUGACUCGGAGGGCUAUGGCCACCAGCACUGCGAGGUGGAAACAGCCCCGGACCCACAAACCCCGGACUCCGGCUCGGCCAAUCACGGCCGGCUGGACUGCAAGGCGGUGGUCUCAGCUCUGCUGUGCGGAAAGCCGGUGAAAUGGGAGGUUCCGUUCGACAUCGAGCCCUAUCUGAAGGGGCGGGAGAGAGAGGAGAAGGUUCACGAGGACCUGUGGAAUGAGACCUUCCACCACCUAGCCGGGCGCUCCAUCAUUCAUGACUUUGAGCAAAUGGCAGAGAAGGAGUGCGAGAUCGAACACGGUUCGGGUAGAAGGUACCAGAUCUAUGCCAUUCAUACCAGCAAAGCCUGCAACAUCCUCAGUAAAUACACAGCGUUCGUCCCCAUUGAUCUGGACACAAACGAAUACUUGCAGACAUUGGUUGAGUACACAAGACCAGGUGAGACCCCCAGCAGCCAAGCAGGGUCUCGUUCUGGAAGCCGGAAGAACCACGGCUACUCCAUCGGGCUGGGACGCUCCCAGUCCGGCUGCAUGUCUGAGGGGGCUGAGGACUGCCUCUUGCCCAUGAGUGUGGACGAUGGUGCUUCGCCCUGUAGCAGCCCCUCGUCUUCAGGCUGGGAAAGAUGCAACUUCACCGAAGCCAAUCAGCGGAGCCCGUCAGUGACCUCUGAACACUCCCAGAAAUCCCUGGAAAGCCUCUUCUCUGCCAGGCUCAGUCUCACCAGGGCCAGGCUGCUGACCAGAGCAGCACGCGGGUUCAUGUGUCGACCGGCCCAAAAAUCCAGCGAAUCGUCGGGUGAGAGCGAGAACGAGAACAAGGACUACAUCCCCCUGGUGUCCUUGCAGUUAGCCUGCGGGGCGUUUGCCCUGAAUAGCGCCCUCUGUGAAGCCAUCAACAUACCCAUGGACAAGCUCAAGUGGACGUCUCCCUUCGCCAGCCACCGGGGGAGCCUCGCUCACGUGUCUCACUCCAGCAGCCGUAAAAGCGAGAGCCAGGACGACGGCGGGGCGCACUCAGGUUCCCCCCCGAAGGACAGCACGUCCGCCCCUGCCCUCCAAUCAGAGGAGCCCCUCCUCAGCCCCUCCCCCCUGGCCCGGAGCCCCCGGACCGAAGGCGAGCCCCACUCUCCCGCACACUCGCAGGCAGACAGCGGGCGGGGCUCGGAGUCGUCGGAGGGCGUGGAAACCCCCCUGCAGUCCUCGCCCUGCCCCCAGCAGACGUUGGCGGAGCCGGAAGGCAUGGUGUGGGCCACAGCGGUGGCUCUGGCCUGGCUGGAGAACAGCUCGGCCAGCUACUUCAUCGAGUGGGAGCUGGUGGCGGCUAAGGCUAGCAUGUGGCUCAGCGCGCAGACCGUCCCGGAGGGUCGCGACCUGGCCGCCAUCAAAUCCGCUGCCAACCAGCUCUUCAUCAUCCUCCGGCACUGGGAGGAGAACCUGCAGCUCAAUAUGCUGUGCUACAACCCCAACUCCGUCUGA